AUGGGGAGACCGCGGAAGACGAAGGCGAAGGCCGCCGCCGAGGCCGAGGCCUCCUCCCCCGCCGCAUUCUCCAUCGGGCAGAGCAAACCGCCCCCUUCCGCAGGCAACUGCAAGGUGGAGAUCCGCGGGAGCGGCCUAAGGUGCGCGUCCACGGAGCGGAACCUCACCAUCUCCGGGACCAAUGGCGCAAAGAUCGUAAUCGCUGUCGAUGGAGCCAAGACUUCUUCAGAUGUGAUCGGUGAUGGCUCUGAUUUCAUCCUUCUGAACCCCAAUGAUAUCGAUAGCCGAAGCAAAUCUCUACUUCAGGAAGUACUAAUGCUCUAUAAGAAUGAACUGCCAACUAUGGAUUAUGCUGCUAACACUGGGAAAAAAUCAGGAUUUCUCGAAAAAUGCGUAAUGGGCGGGAAGUACAAGACUCUAAUUCUGAGGUCUACCUCACUUGCAGGGCUUGAAGAGAUCAUAGCUGCUGUUUCAUAUCAGAUAGUGCCAGCUGACACACAAUAUGCUGAAAUACCCCUGACAGUUGUGACAUCAGCUUUUCAACGUGUGGGUUUUGGUCAUCUCUUGUAUAAGGAACUUAGCCAGCGUCUUCAAAAUGUUGGUGUCACAACUAUAUUCUGCUGGGCAGAUAAGGACUCUGAAGGAUUUUGGUUUAACCAGGGUUUUGUAUCUGUUGGAGAGGUGGACACUAAAGGUAAGAUGCGCAGAAUUCCAGUAAGAGCUGAUAUCAAGAGAACAUUAUGCUUUCCAGGAAGUUCAACACUUAUGGUUACACAUCUUAAGAAGGUUUUGCCAACUGUGCCAAAAAAUUCAGUGGGAGAACAGCAAACUUCUCAGCUCCACCCUGUGGUACCAGAUAGCAUGUCUCCUGGUGAUACUGAUAGCGCAGUACCCUCCUGUGAAAAUUUGUUUCCCCCGACAUCUGGAUGCCACAAAGUCAGCAAGACUGCAAACAUUUUAAGAAGUGAAGCUUUUGCUGCUGGUGAAGGAUGUUCAUUGUCUGACCAACAACCAAAGAAACGGACAUAUCAAUCUUCAUCAUCUUCACUGAAGUCAAAAAGAGUGAGAUGCAGUGGUCAUGCUGACCAUAAACAAGGCCUGGGGCGAAGUGAUAUCUGUGACAAAUCUCUAUCUGUAAAUACUCCUACUAUGGCAGUUCACGUUGAAAACAACGUAUCAGGAGAUGCUAAGGCCACUAUCUGUUCCAGCGGAAGGCCUUCAGUUAUGCUAAUGAAUAUUGCAGAUGAAACAAAGAAGAUACGGCUUACAGAGGUAGUUGAAAUGCUUGGGGGAUUUGUUACCUCUGAAGGAAGUUCAUGCACACAUGUGGUAACUGGAAAAGCUCGUAGGACUAUGAAUUUUUGUAUGGCUUUGAGCUCUGGGGCUUGGAUAGUUUCUCCAAACUGGCUAAAACAGAGCUUCCGUCAAGGGAAAUUUGUAGGUGAAGCAGAACAUGUUCUAGAUGAUGAAGAAUAUAAGAUGGAAUACAAGUCUGAAAUAAGAGAUGCGGUCAUGAGGGCUAAAGAGAGGCCUUGCUUGUUAUUUUCUGGCUACACUUUCUGUCUGACCAAGUACAUCCAACCGUCUCCUGGUGUCCUCUCUCCAAUUAUCAAAUCCUCUGGUGGCAAGAUCAUCAAUAAGCUUGAUGAGCUCUCGGAAGAUUCGGAUGAGCUCUCAAAGACAAUCUUCCUGGCGUGUGAAGAAGGCAUGGAGCUUGCCAUGGAUGCAGCAAAAAGAGGCAUAAAAACAUUCAGCACUGACUGGCUCAUGACCUGUGUCAUGAAGCAAGAGCUUGAUCUUGAGGCGCCACAGUUUGCAGAAUCUCUCUAAUGUGCCCCAGUUUAUAGUUUAGGGCCCCGAACUGAAUAGUCACUUUUGCUAAGUUAUUGCCUUGUUGGCUAUUGUAAAUCCUUAGUCUCCUGUCUCAAAGGUUUAGGGUUUCUGUGUAAAUAUGCCCACCAUGUGAACACAUUUAGAAACUAUGAAUCUAGACAACUUGAU